AGUACAUUACAUUUUGGCGCAGUCGGUUAUUUUAAUUAAAAUCAUGCCUUUUGGUAAAAUCGAGCCUUUUGAUGUUAGUUCCCACAACUGGGAUGCAUAUUGUCGUCGGGUGAAGCAAUUUAUUGCGUUAAAUAACAUCAGUGAAGAUUUACACGUGGCCACGUUGGUAACACAUGUCGGCAUUGCAUGUUACGAAUUGAUGUGCGACUUGUGUUCCCCGGAUUUACCGGAAGACAAGAAGUUUGAACAAUUAGUGAAGAUUGUCAAAGACCACUUGGAGCCACAAAGGUCGGAGAUCGCAGAGAGACAUAUGUUCCGGCAAAGGAAGCAAAGGCAAGGGGAGAUAGUGAGUGAUUAUUUGAAAAGUCUAAAACAUCUCGCCAAACAUUGCAAUUUUCGGGAUUCUUUGGAGGUAAAUUUGAGAGACCAGUUUGUUUCUGGCCUUCAAAGUGAAGAUAUGAGGUCACGAUUGUUUGCCGAGCGGAACAUCGAUUAUAAGCGAGCAAUAGAACUCGCAUUGGCGCUCGAGGCAGCGGAGAGACAUGCAGCGGAGGCAGCGUCCGGGGCGAGUUCCAGCGCCAUCUCGGAAGGGCUGCAUCGCAUCAGAUCCUCACCAGCGCGCGCGGAGCGUGGGCGCAUGGAACGGCGCGAGGGAGCGGGUGGCUUGCAGGCAGACGCGGCGGCCAGGGCCGGUGCGCUGAGCCUCGAGGGCUCACGGCGCGGCUGCUGGCGUUGCGGGCGCAGCGGGCAUCCGCCGUCCCGGUGCCGCUACAAGUUCUACAGCUGUGAUUCGUGUGGGCAGAGGGGCCACCUGAAGGUCGUGUGCGGUAAUGUUGAUAAGUGUAGUGAUGCGGUUAUACAGAAAAACACAAAAGGUCAGUUGUUUUUUAAUGAU